AUGGAACGGAUACGAAAAUGGGAGCAGAAUUGUGCAGUGUUGCGCGAGAGCAAAUUUCGAACGAAAUAUCAAAUUGAGAGCGAAAUUAUUGGAGAAGGCUCGUUCGGAACGGUGCUGAACGCGAAAUGUCGAGCCAGUCAGGAGCAGCGGGCGGUGAAGGCGAUUCGACGCAUCGAGAAGGUGUCGAUGCUCUCGAUCGAGCUCCAAUUGCUCGCCGAGCUCGGCGGCCAUUUCAACAUCGUCCGCUUUUACGACUUCUUCCAUGUGCUCGGCUCGGUGGCGAUUGUCAUGGAGUAUUUUCCGCACUGCACAGUAUCAGAAUUGCUGAUGUACGCGCGAAGCGACGCGAAUUUCUCAUUAUUGUACUUCAAAAAUCUGCUAAUCGCCCUCUCCUACCUUCAUAUGAAUCAUUUUGUGCAUCGCGACAUUAAAUUAUCCAAUUUUUUAUACUCACCAGCUCAAAAUAGUUUUCGAUUAGUCGACUUUGGACUCGCAACAAUUGAUCGAUCCGACACCGAAAUAUCGAGGGAGGCCGCUAUCAAAUCGUUUGGGAAUCAUGCCGAAUGCGAGAAUUGCCGCCGUCAAUCGUCGGCAUGCAUAUUGUGCAAAGGGAAACCGAGACGCGACCAUUAUCAUAUGGUCGGAACUCCCGGCGCUCGCGCUCCCGAAAUGCUGUUCGGCGUCGGCAUCACCAGCUCGCCGGUCGACAUCUUCUCGGCCGGAUUGUGUCUAUUGAGUCUCGUCGGCCUCAAACAUCCGCUAUUCAUGCCGAAAGACGAAACCGAGAACAUCAUGAAUCUCGCGUGCCUGUUGGGCUCGAAAACGCUCGAAGACGUCGCCGCGCUCGAAGGCAUCGCCGUCACAAUUUCCGAAUUUCGGCCGCCCGUCGAUUUUUGUCGAUUUAUUCUAAUGCUCCGCUUCGGCUUCAAUAUGGUCAACGACUUCUCGAAUCUGAUUCCGUUUGUGAAUUGCCAAAUGUGCGCCGAGAAUUCGGCCGACAACGACGCCGGCAACUGCUUCUGUCGGCCGGCGUUCGAUGAGAAGCGAUUUCGGACCGAUGGCGUUCACAGCGAUCUUCUUAUUCUCUACUCGGACCUUCUAUAUCUGGCUCUUGAACCGGAUCGCAAGAAACGCUACAACGCUAACCAAUUACUGGCGAUUAUUGAUCUGUACGAGAAGCGCGCCGAAUUCGUGCCGAGACCAUUUUCGAAUCAAGACGAAUAG